AUGAAGACCGCUGCUGGUUUCGCCCUUGGCGCAGCACUCGCCGGCGCCGUGAGUGCCCAGGGCACUCCUUCUGUCUAUGUUGGCCCUGGUGUGCCCAGCGGUACUCCCAUUCCGGGUGACUACGCCGGUGUAUAUAGGCCACAGGCACACUACUCGCCGCCGCAGGUAAGCUCUCGCCCUACCAUGCUGGAUGAAUCCGGCACUGACAACAACCCCACCGCUCUCGUUGCAGGGAACCAGCACUGGGGCCACGCCACGAGCCGAGACCUCUACCACUGGGAGAACCAGCCCAUUGCCAUCUUCCCGCCCGACAACACCUCAAACAUUUUCAGUGGAUCCGCUGUGGUCGAUGUGAACAACACUUCCGGCUUCUUCCCCGAUCAGGACAAUGGCGUCGUCGCUAUCUACACGCUGAACUCGCCCGACGCUCAAACCCAAGAGAUUGCCUACUCGCACGAUGGUGGCUACACCUUCACGCCCUAUGAGGGCAACCCGGUCAUCGACAGCAACACGACGCAGUUCCGCGACCCCAAGGUCAUCUGGUACGAGGACCACUGGGUCCUGGUAGCAGCCUUCUCGCAAGAGUUUGUCAUCAGUGUCUACACCUCGCCGGACCUGAAGACCUGGACCCACGCGUCUAACUUCUCACACUACGGCCUGCUGGGCCUGCAAUACGAAUGUCCGAACCUGGUAAAGAUGCCGGUCCACGGCACGGACGAGAGCAUGUACGUGCUGGCCAUCAGCAUCAACCCUGGCGCGCCGCUCGGUGGCUCCAUCAUGCAGUACUUCCCGGGCACGUUCAACGGGACGCACUUUGAGGCGGUCGACGACGCUGCGCGCAUUGCCGACUUCGGCAAGGACAACUACGCCGGACAAUUCUUCUACGGCACCCCUGAUGGUGAGGACGCCAUUUCGAUCGCGUGGGCCAGCAACUGGCAGUACACACAGGUGGUACCCACGGCCUCGGAGGGCUGGCGCUCCGCCAUGAGCCUGCCGCGCCGCAACUACUUGACUCAGAUCCCUCGCGUGGGUUGGGACAUGGUCUCCAUUCCGUACGACAUCAGCCCGGUUCUCGGCUCGCAGAUCGGCUCGUCGGACAACCUGGGCAACGGCACGCUCGCUGUCGACUACUCUAACGUGUCGUCCAACGCCGUCUACUUCGAAGCCAACGUGACUGGUGUCGCUGGCGCCAGUGCAACCGCCACCCUCAACUUCACUUUCCUGAGCCCUGUCUCCGGCGAGAGCAUCUCUGGGGGCUACUUCUUCGGCGGCGACAACCCCUUCUUCCUUGACCGCGGCGAGACUCGCGGCUUCGACAACCCGUUCUUCACCGACAAGUUCUCGGUCUCGCAGCUGCUGAGCGAGGAUGGCACGUGGACCCUCUCCGGCGCUAUUGACCGCAGCAUUAUUGAGGUCUUCCUCGACGGUGGCAUCUACAGCGCCACAGCGCUUUUCUUUCCUACCGAGCCCCUGUCGCUGCUCACGUUUGCGGCCGGCGACCUUCCUGCUGGCGCUGAGGUGCGUAUUGGUGUGUGGGAGAUUCAAAGCACCUGGGACCACUAUGAUGUCGGUAAUGUUACGGCUCCGGCGUCGAACCAGACAGUCAGCCGGGUGAAGAGGACGAGCAUCUAA